AAAAAAAAAAAAAAAAAAAUGGCGUCGAUCAAAACGAAUAUCAACAGCGGUGGUGCCAACAUAGGUUUCCAUGAAUUGAAGAAGCAGGCUUCUUUCUUCUUCAAGGAGAAGAUCAAAUCUGCCAGGCUGGCCUUGACUGACGUCACACCCGCUCAACUACUGGCUGAAGAAGCUACCAACGGGGAUCCGGGCUGUCCCGAUGCUAGAACACUCAAGAUGAUAUCAAAGGCAGCUUUCGAAGUUGAUGAUUACUGGAGGAUUGUGGACAUCCUUCACAGAAGAUUAGUUAGAUUUGAGAAGAUGAACUGGAGGCCUUCUUACAAGGCUCUGAUCGUGGUGGAACACUUGUUGACUCAGGGGCCCGAACGAGUUGCUGAGGAGUUCCAAAUCGACUCAGAAGCUAUUAAGAAGAUGGAAAGCUUUCAAUAUAUCGAUGACCAAGGGUUUAAUUGGGGCCUUAACGUGAGAAAGAAAUGCGAAAGGGUACUGAAGCUGCUGGAGAAGGGCCCGCUUCUUAAGGAAGAACGGGAGAAAGCCCGAAAAAUUUCAAGAGGGAUUCAAGGGUUCGGAAGCUUCUGCUCGAGAAAUUGUUCGCCUCAAGACACACUCAGGGAACCAUCAUUUGCUAGGUCCUAUUCUGAAUCCAACCAUCAUGAAGAAGACUUGUUUCCUGUUCAAACAGAAAAGCCAUUGAAUUUGGAAAACUCGGAAAGUGUUGAUACCAAAGAAAAUUGGGGCACGGACAAUAAUAAUCUCCUGAGAGAAACGAGUGCAGGAAGCACAAACGAGCCCUUGUUGGGAGAGAAGAAAAACAAUGACCCAGCCAAAGUCCCCGUUAGCAAUACUCAUCCUUUUGAUGACCAACUAACGGCAAUCUCACUGCUGUCUGCAGCAGAUGAGAAUUGAGCAUAAGUGGUGCUACUUUUAGUCUUAUGUCUACUGCUAUUGUGUAAACAAAUGUUAAUGCCCAGCCCAGGUGCAUUUGUUAUGUCACCCUGUGUAAUUGUACUAAUUAUGUCCAAAUCAUAUAUUGUACUUCAACUCAGGUUGCAGAAUCCUUACACCCAACCCAACAAAGAUGGGAAAACUACAAUACAUUUAUUUUUAAUUUUUUUUUAAUUAAUUUGAUCCAUUCAGUCCGCUUAAGAUGGUCUUUGAGGAACAAUUUUACAUGUUAAGUGGGUAUAACAAAC